CGUCGAUAGUCGUGGCCUAAACCAGAACAAACAAAUAUCUGGUAUUUCGUCGAACACCUCAUAGGCAUAAUAUCAUCAUCGUCAAACAACCUCUGCAUCUUUUCUAUCAAAACACACAUUAAACCCAAGAAUCAUAUGUUAAUUCGUUGACGGAUUCAAUCGAUUUAUCAUCGUUCUCUUUUAAACUAUGAUGUUUUCAAGACUUGGUCGGACAAUCUCUCGAUCAUCUCGUUCAAGGAAUGUUUUGAGUGGUGCAAAUGGCGGAAGAUCGCAGAUUUUAACCGGUUCUUCGGUAUAUCAAUCUCGAUAUAUUGGACAGGCAGAUGAUAACCUGGGGUUUUUGAAGCGUUAUUUAGGUUCUUUAGCAGCUAACAAUGAAAAAAAUGGUUCUGUCUUAUCAUCCAAGGUGUAUAUAUCGGAUAUAAAUUUCGCUCUUGCAAACCCUAAAUUUCGAAGGUUCUUUUCCAGCGAGGCUCCCAAGAAGAAGAAUUAUGAGAACUUCUACCCCAAGGAAAAGAAGGAAACUCCAAAGGGGAAUAAUCAGAAAUCUGAAUCUAAAGAGGAAUCAAGCACAGAAGACGAUGGAAGUUUCUUUCCAAAGCAAUUCCAAUUCCAAAUACCAAUUCCUUUACUAGUGAUUGGGCUGUUGCUCUUUUCAUCGCUCUCUUUUGGUCCUCGUGAACAGAAACAGAUAAGUUUCCAAGAAUUCAAAAACAAGCUUCUGGAACCAGGCCUGGUGGAUCAUAUAGUUAUUUCUAACAAAUCAGUUGCAAAAGUAUAUGUCAGAAACUCACCACGCAAUCAAUCAAGUGAUGGUUCUGUUGAAGGAACUUCAAUCGAUUCACCUGCAAAACUGAAUACAAGCCAGUAUAAAUACUACUUCAAUAUCGGGAGUGUUGAAUCUUUUGAGGAAAAAUUGGAGGAAGCGCAGGAAGCACUAGGGAUAGAUUCUCAUGAUUAUGUUCCUGUGACAUAUGCUUCUGAAAUGGUUUGGUAUCAAGAAAUUAUGCGAUUUGCACCCACACUCUUAUUACUGGGAUCCCUAUGGUACAUGAGUCGGAGAAUGCAAGGCGGUCUAGGUGUUGGAGGUGGCGGUGGAAAAGGUGCCCGUGGAAUAUUCAACAUUGGAAAGGCCCAUAUUAAUAAAGUUGAUAAGAAUGCGAAAAAUAAGGUCUUUUUCAAUGAUGUUGCUGGAUGUGACGAAGCAAAGCAGGAAAUCAUGGAGUUUGUGCACUUUCUUAAGAACCCGAAGAAAUACGAGGAGCUGGGGGCUAAAAUCCCAAAAGGUGCUCUAUUAGUAGGGCCACCGGGCACAGGCAAAACCCUUUUAGCUAAAGCAACUGCAGGAGAAUCUGGUGUGCCUUUUCUUUCGAUAUCUGGAUCUGAUUUUAUGGAAAUGUUUGUUGGUGUUGGUCCAUCAAGGGUGAGAAACUUGUUCCAAGAGGCUAGGCAGUGUGCACCUAGCAUAAUAUUUAUUGAUGAGAUUGAUGCAAUUGGUCGUGCAAGGGGACGUGGGGGAUUCUCAGGUUCUAAUGAUGAGCGAGAGAGUACUCUUAACCAGCUGCUUGUUGAAAUGGAUGGAUUUGGCACCACUGCUGGGGUGGUGGUUCUUGCUGGGACUAAUAGACCCGAUAUUUUAGACAAAGCUCUGUUAAGGCCUGGUAGGUUUGAUAGACAAAUUAGUAUAGAUAAACCUGAUAUCAAAGGCCGUGAACAGAUAUUCCAGAUCUAUUUGAAAAGAAUCAAACUUGAUAAUGAACCAUCCUAUUUCUCCCAGAGACUUGCUGCUUUAACUCCAGGAUUUGCUGGAGCUGAUAUAGCAAAUGUUUGCAACGAAGCUGCCUUAAUUGCUGCGAGGGGUGAGCAGGCGAAGGUCACUAUGGAACAUUUUGAGGGAGCCAUAGAUAGGAUCAUUGGUGGGUUAGAAAAGAAGAACAAGGUGAUAAGUAAGGUCGAACGCCGGACUGUAGCUUAUCAUGAAGCAGGCCAUGCUGUUGUGGGCUGGUUUUUGGAACACGCGGAACCUUUGUUGAAAGUGACAAUUGUUCCUCGUGGUACAGCAGCACUUGGUUUUGCCCAGUAUGUACCGAGUGAGAACCUACUCAUGACCAAGGAACAGCUUUUUGACAUGACUUGCAUGACACUUGGUGGGCGCGCUGCUGAACAGGUCAUAAUCGGAAAGAUUUCAACCGGAGCACAAAAUGACUUGGAGAAGGUAACAAAAAUGACAUACGCCCAAGUUGCCGUAUAUGGGUUCAGUGAGAAGGUAGGUCUCCUCUCAUUCCCUCAAAGGGAGGAUGGGAUGGAGAUGACCAAACCAUACAGCAGCAAAACUGGCGCAAUCAUCGACACCGAAGUCAGGGAAUGGGUAAACAAGGCCUACGAACGCACGGUCGCACUCGUGGAAGAACACAAAGAAAAACUCUCUCAGAUCGCUGAACUCUUGCUCCAAAAAGAAGUCCUUCACCAAGACGAUUUGCUAAAGGUCUUGGGUGAACGCCCAUUUAAAGCAAGCGAAAUGACAAAUUAUGACAGAUUCAAGAUGGGGUUCGAGGAGGAAGAUGCAAAAUCCGGACAGGCUGAAGAUGGUGGUGCUGGUGCCGCUGAAGAUAAUGGGGCCCCACCACCGCUAGAACCCGAAGUAGUCCCUGCAUAAAAAAUGCAUCAAAUCUCUAAUUUAGAACACAAAGUUGCUGCCCGUUUGCAUUUAUGAACUCUGUUUUGGAGAAAGAGAAAGAUUUGGGUGGAGGGAUGUCACAAUGAUCUUGUAUUUGGUGACAUAAUUUAAGCUUUGUUUGCAUGAUUAAAUGUUAUAAGCAAACAGUGCUGAAUGCUGAUAUGCAAAAAGAACACAGGAUGUAAAGUUUUCAUGUGGUGCAUUUUCAUUUUUUUUAAGGAUUUAUGUGUCGGCUGGUUCU